AUGCAGAGUAGUGCCGUGACCGAGCCUCAUGUCGGCCCUGAUGUCAUUACAGCUCCGGCUCCUGAACACCCUCAUUUUAUAUCUCCAUCUCAUCCACCUCCAGUACAAACAAACAGUACUCAGUCCUAUAACAUCCACCAGCGCCUCCGACCCUACAAAGGCCUCGGAGGGAGAGCAAACCACUCUCCUUCAAUCCGUCAAUCAUGGCUUUUCCCUACCAACAGAGCAUCACCUUCCACUGCAUUACCAGAGACAACCUCAGUCAUGACGCUCAACCAGCGCCCACGCACUGAAACAUUGACCUCGUCGACAACAGCACAGAACUCUCCGCCGAGUGUCGUGUUGAACCAUAAAGAGCGAAGGAAUUUCAGUGGGAGUGCACGCUCAAGGCUAACCAAGAUCGAUCGGCUCAGCAAGAUGAUGCUCAACCCAAGUGGAUCUGCCCCUAACCUUCUGGAUGGGCAUCUAUCAGGUUUACCUACCCCAGCGUCGCCAAGACGCACACGGCUCAGUCUACAGCCUCACACCAUCCCUGUGACAGAUACGACAUCGACAUCAAUUUCUUCAUUGGCAUCUAUACAAACGUCGUCUGAUCUAUCCACUUCCUCGCGCCCAUCUCAGUCCCCUAUUGCAUCAUCUAUCUCUCACACGACCACCACUUCCAAUAAUAAUACUACUACUAGUAAUAAUAAUAGCUAUCCUCGCCAUAUUGUUAUGCACGCCACACCUCCUCUUUAUACAAUUGAGGGGUAUCUAGCCAAUAAUAACACUAUCACAGGCGAUUCAUUAUCAUCCUCUCUCCCUUCUACUUCGGCUUUUGCUGAAGGUGUCGAUCCCUCGCAUAACAGCGAUCUUGUUAAGCGUCCCAAUCUCGAAAAGGCUAACCGACAUGCAUCAAUGCCUCUUCCAAAACCUGGAUGGCGUUUAUAUGACUUGCCAGAUGUUGCAGAGCCUGAGGCACAGCAGAACGAUUUUGAUGGUGGGUCCAGUGGUAUGGGUGAAGAGAGGAGCAGUUUCCAAUACAAUGCAUCUAAUGCGUCUUCAACUACAAACUUGGAUAACAACCCAUACUCAUACCGCCCCACAGCACAUACUCGCCAGAGCUCCAGCAGUACAUUUUACACCAUGACGCCAAAUGCCUCGCAUCCAGACUUAUCCCUGGCCUCUUCCAAUAAUCCUAAUUUAAAUCUCUUGGAUCUCGCGUCAACACCUUCAGAUCCUUCAGGCUUAACGUCUCCGCCUCCACCCCUUCCCAAGGCUGUGAAGAACACAAAGUCGCCCCUUGCUCUGCGACGGUCCUCAAUGACAUCCUCCGUUAACUCAGCUUCACCAUCUAACACUUUUAUGUCAAAAGGAUCUUUGCCAAAGUCGUCUUUGUCAUCAAACACCGUCCUCACGAGUAAGACUUUGACACUGGAACGGCAAAAGAUUAUUCUGGAGAUACUCAGAACAGAACGUUCGUAUGUAGACGGAUUGAUUAUUCUGCAGACGUUGUUCCACGAGCCUUUGAAUGCGCCCUAUGCGACUACGAAUAAUUUAUAUGGCAUGCAUACGACAUCGAGCCUUAGCUUGAAUAAUGGGCCUACGAAUGGACUGGCAGCUGGAGCAGGAUCGAGCAUGAAUACAAUGUCAUCGACUAGCAGUGGACUUUAUUAUGCGUCCUCAACUGUGGGUUCUAAUUCGACUCUUUCACCUUUACUUUCCAAGAAGUCUGUGAAUGAGAUUUUUUCCAACUUUUCAGAGAUCCUGCAGAUCAACACUUUGUUACUGACACAGCUUGAAACCCGGAUAUGUGGUGACACUCUAUCGACAGGCUGGGAGAGCGAAGAUGAAACGGACCAAAACACUCGGAACGAUGUAAAUGAAGACCGCCAACUUAGCCAAGGAGGAGAAGGAGGACGAAAAGGGUCUUCAGAAAGUAAAACCAAGCCGAAUCAGGUCUUAGUUACUGUCCAGGGUCAAAAUGGAGAACAAGAGGAGCUACUGGUUCUUGAUGCUGACUGGUGUAUUGGCGAUAUCUUUAUUGAAAUCGCUCCUUUCUUGAAAAUGUAUUCAAAUUAUGUCAAGACCUUUGCAUCUGCUCUCACUCAUAUCAAUGACUGUAUGAAUCGCAAUGAGCGUCUCACAGAGUUCCUCAAGAAUACCGAAAAAAGGCCCGAAUGCAAAAACCUGGAUUUCCAGGCCUAUUUAAUGCUACCAGUUCAAAGGAUCCCUCGAUACAAGAUGCUAUUGGAAGGACUGUUGCGUCAUACUCCCGAAGAUCAUCCUGAUCAUCGAAAACUGCAAACAGCAUUUGAAUCGAUGGCGCAAACGGCAAUCGCAGUUAACGAGACGACUCGACAACACGAAAUGUUCCUCAAGAUGGUGGAGCUCCAGUCCAAGAUUGCGGGGAUGUCUGAACAACUUGUCACCCCCGGUCGCACAUUGUUGAAGCAUGGGAGUGUCUGGAAGGUCUGUCGUCGGAACGUUCAGGUUCGAGUGCUCAUCUUGCUCUCGGAUUGUAUCCUUUGGACAAGCCCUAGCCUGAAUCCGUUGCUGGACGACACUCUAACGUUCCAUCGUAAAGUUGGGCUCGAGAAUUGUACAGUCAUUGGGGCAGAGGAUCCAGACCCAACCAAGAAUGCAUUCCAGAUCAUCAGUUCCGAAAAAUCCUCACAAGUCUAUGUGGACACUCUCAAGGAGAAAGAAGAGUGGAUGGAUGCUAUUCGAAAAGCCACGCAAGACUUCUUGUCCGCUAAGAGGACACUCAAGAUCUCCAUCACACCCAUGCAAAGUAUCAGUGCUGCGGCCACUGCAGCGACAAGCUUUGGCGUUGGAUUGUUGCGACGUGAGACUGGAUUGUGGUCACCUAGUCCAUUUAGUGGUAAUGAUUUUUCACGUUCUAAUGCCCCUUUAGGUAGUCCUGUGGGCAUCGAUCCUGAAUUUGCUGCUGCUUCUGCAUCGAAUGGAGCUCUUGCAGAUGGCAAUGGAUACCAGUCUCCUAUGGAGCCUUCCACAGGGCUAGGGGUCACCUCACCAUUAGCCCAAAAGACACAGCCACCAUUAAGAGUUGUAGAGAAUUACAAUGCGCCCGUUUGGGUUCCGGACCACUCUGCAACACGUUGUAUGAUUUGUUCCGAAGAAUUUGGUACGCUCUUCAGGCGUAAGCAUCACUGCCGCGCAUGUGGGAAAGUUGUUUGCCACUCGUGUUCUUCUCGAAAUAUCUUGAUCAGAAGCGGAAAUUCUGAAAAGGUUGGUAGAGCUUGCGAUGAUUGCAUCGACACCAUGUUUCCUGAGGAGGAAGAAGCUCUGCAUGCCGAGCCUGUUCUUGCCAAUGCAAUCUCUUCUGAGCCCCUGUUAGCGGAUGCUUUCAGCCAGCAACAGCAACAGCAGCAGCAGUACAGGGGGUCAAGUAGCGAUGUUGAUCGCCGUGCAAGUAAUCAGAGUCUGGAUGGCGUCAUCAUUCAGCCAGAGGACUAUUCCCCAGAGCACUUCUCUAGCGGCGCAGCAGGCAUGGUACGAGGUUUAGUUGAAGCUAGCCUCAACCGAAUGAAGAGUAAGUCAAGCCAAGCAAUGAAUAGCAGUGAGAAUGAUCCUGGGCAAGAGGCCAACAUGAAUGCCAACACACGUGCAACCAAUCGAAGGUCCGAUAGUCAUUCUGCUACAGCGAUGGAGUACCAAAACGCAGCCCAGGUGAAGGAAUGCGGAUUAUGCAAGGUCGAAUUUGGGAUGUUUAAAUGGAGGAACAUCUGUUCUCAGUGUCGUCGAGUUGUAUGCUCUGACUGUCUGACCAAGAGACAAAUCGAUCAUUUCUUCUUGCUUGGACUUCAGGAAGAACGUAAUGCAACCGCUGCUGACUCUAACUUCAAGUCUAAUAAUAAUGAAGGUGGAGCAUCAGUUAAUGAAACAUCGACCGAAUCUCAAGGUCCUUCACCAGGCCCUCAAGAUAUUACAAGACCAGGAUUGCUCCAAAGCGCAUCUGACAGCGCUGUGCAGACCGGAUCGCGCAGUGAACUGUCCGGCGCGUCGACACAACGUAGCCAUAGUUUCAAUAACGACAGUGGUGAUAGUGGAGGAUAUGGAUAUGGAGGCUUUGGGAAUGGCUGGCGUGCGAUCAAGGGCAAUACCGACAGUGGACAUGCCCAGAUCGAGAAGCUUUGCGACCCGUGUUCUUUGGGCUUAUCUGCUGAUCAAAUCAAAGUAUUAGAGUCUGGAGGCGGAUGGCAGUACUAUCAAGCGACUCUGGGUAAACAUCAAACGCCUGCUCUUGCAGCCGCACUUGCUUUGAGCAACAUGUCACUGGAAGAUGAUUUGGAGGCUAAUAAUGAAGAAGGAGAGCAACAGCAACAUCUAACCGACGACUUGUUGAAAUUGGAACGAGAUACUCCCAAGACUGAAAUGACCCUUGUACGCGCUGGAUAA